ACAUUUAUUGCACGUUGCCUAACAUGAAAUGGCUGAUGGAAGUUAGGGCGCUUUGACCUGACUGUUCAAUUACUGGACUAAUUAAAUUGGAAUAAAGCCAUGAAUAACCAGCAAAAACUGUUAAUAUUAGCAGCUAUUGCAGGUGUCAGUGCUGUUGGCCUACUGAUUUUGCUGAACAGAAGGCGGAAUGCGGAAGACUUUGAUGAUGAUGGCGGUCAAGAACUUAGAGAGUUCCCCGACCUUACUGCUGGUGAAAACACAGCGAGCGCUUCAGAUACGGUUUUACAGUUAAAUGUCCCCCAUUAUUGUGUUGGUUCGAUAAUUGGCAAAGGUGGUGAGAAUAUAAGGCAGUUGAAGAAGGAAACAGGGGCCAGACUUGACUUUGAAAGAGAACCUGAAGAAAGUAACCAAGGUGAGAAGAAGGACAGAAUUUUGGAAAUAAGAGGUGAAAGGGAGAAAGUCCACAAUGCAGAAGCAAGAAUCAAGAAGAUCAUUGCCGAAACACCCCCAAUUGUGAGUGAAGAAGUUUCAGUUCCGCAAGUUGCUGUUGGAAGGAUAAUUGGAAGAAUGGGUCAGACUAUAAGAGAGCUCUCUAGAGCAUCAGGAGCCAGAAUAGUUAUUCCAAGAACUGAGGAUAGAUCAGCAAAUGGGACACAGAAGAUCAUGGUUACUGGCACAUCUCAUCAAAUUGAAUAUGCCAAAGGGCUGAUUGAAGAGAAGGUAGAGGAAGAUAAGGUUUCGAGGAGGACUAGAGGGCAAGAAUAUGUGACAGGCAAAAGAGGAAGGUCACCAUCUCCAGCCUUUAGGCCUAAACUUUCAACCAUCCAACUGCCAAAAACUGAAGGCUUUUUCCCACUGUUUGUGUCAGCAUUCGAUGUCCCUGGUCAUUUUUAUAUCCAACUUGUGACAAAAGAAAGUUCCAAACUGGACGACCUCACCAAGGAAAUCACAGAUUUCUUUUGGAAUCGAAAUACCUCCGAAGGUCAAAGGUCUUUGGAUAAAGUAUGCGUCGGAGACAUGGUCUGUGCCCCUUUUGAGUACGACAACCUUUGGUACAGGGCGACUGUUGUAGAAGUUGAUGAGCAAGCAAAACGUGCCACUCUGUAUUACAUUGAUUAUGGAGACACUGGGGAGGUGGCGUUUGGUGAUCUAAAAAGGCCAAAACCUGAACACCUCGAACUUGAGGCCCAAGCUAUUGAAUGUCUUUUGGCUAAUGUAGAACCCAAAGAUGGUAAAUGGACUGAGGAAUCGAUCGAUAGAUUUGAAGAUCUCAGUUACUGCGCAAAAUGGACACAGCUGAUGGGUCGCGUGGUUGGCGCAGAUGGGACAGACGGGGGUCGAUUGCCUUGCUUGGAGUUGGUGGAUACAAAUCUCGCCGAGGAUGUCAACAUUGGUGAGCAACUGAUCAAAGAAGGUUUUGCUGUGAAGAGCGAUUCUCCUCAAGCCAGCCAGGGAUCGCAGCUUACAGCAAUAACUGAGGGAGUCAUCAGCGAGAACUCGAACAAUAACUCACCGGAUGUGACGUCAGCGACAAAGUUCUUACCGGAAGUGACCGAAGUAUUGAGUGGUGUGAGUAGUAUCGGAGCUGAUAAGGUAAAGAAUUCUAGUAUCAUAACUGAGGAUAUUUCUUAUGACAAUGUUGUGUUGGAUGAAAGUGCAUUGAGCACAGAAUUCCCCCCUGAUAGUGAAAUUUCUACAUAUAAUGAAGACACAGUUGAGUUGUUUACAGACGGGGGUGACAAUCAUUUGAACCGCAAUUCACUUACGUCACUCUCUAGUGUCUCUACUGAAGACACCGUCAUACAUGUUGUUGAUAAAUAUGGAGUCGAGAUCCCUGUUGGGGAGGAGGGCAGUCAUGAUUUGGGUCAGGAGAAAACUCAGGGUGAGGUUGAAACAGAGUACAAAAAGUCACAUGGCCACGAUGACAGGCCAAUGAAACAAGCUGUUGUGUUACCAAAUUUGGCUAAUGCUGUAAAUGUUGUUGGUUCAGAGACUAAGGUCAAGGAAAGUGAAGGUCAAAGGUCAGGAGAAUCAGGUCAGGGUUCAAAAGUGUUAAGCUCUUCAGAUGCCACUUUUGCAAAGACGACAAAAGAUGAUGCAGAAAACAAAGAUUUGAUUCAAGGAAGCCAAUCAGAAGAAGACAAUUUGCAGGUGGAAGGUCAAGAUUCAAAGGACAGUGGUGUUGACCUUGAGAUUGCCUCACUAGAUUCAAAUUCGCAAAGGGCAGUUAAUGACGAGGUCACCCGUUGGAUGGAAAGAUCAUUGGAGGGCAGUACCCAACUUGAGACAAUUUCAGAGGAUUUACCAUUGAAAGAGGCAGUCAAAUCGAAUUUGCAGUCAACAGAACUUGAGUCAAGCACAAAAUCGAAGGAUGGCAAGCCAUACAGAUUCCUGGAUAGCAUGGAGAUGGCAAAAGAGAAUCCCAUCAUCCUCUCUGAUGACGAAGACUCGAUGUCCUAUUUCAGUGCGAGAUCAGAACUGACUAUUGCUGACACAGACACUGAUACAAUGAGUUACAAAAGUGCUCCUGACACACCAACAAAUAACAGCGAGUUUGAAUUCCCAAGCAGAGGUGACUCGAUUAUUGAUUAUGACGUCAUCACCACACCUGUUGGAUCUGAUGAUGAGAGUUUAAUUCCGGAUAUUGACGCAACCCCCGUCGCUAGAACAUCUUCGCCCAAAGUUACAAUAACAAGCAGGUCCCCAAAAUAUCAAAUUCGUGUUAUAGACGAGUCAAUGGACAAGAAUCAGAGUCCGAAGACUGUCUCGUCAUCAAUGGGUAAUGUCACGCCGGUUGAUGCCGGCACUCUCAGCUCCAGUCCUCAGAGAAUUGGUAAUUUGAGUGCUAGCAUGCCACAGUUUGGAGGACUGAAAACCAGCCAGUCUCGUUUUGGUGGGUCAGGAAGUUUACAAGGUAAAGAGACCUCGAUCUGAAAAUUGACUAAAUGUAGUUUAGAAUUAAUGUUUUUGAUGAAUGUUUUCAAGUUUCACGUUGAUUUGCAAGGCUUUCUCUAGAAUUUCGAACUUAUAUCCGGUUCUUGGAUUCCAGGAAAUCAAUCUUUUUCUUGGAACAGAAAAGCUUUAUUGAUGUGGGUGAAACUUUCGUCUAUAAUAUUUUGAAGAGAAAUACUUAGCGAAAGCCUUGCUAAUUUAUGCUUGGAUAGUAAUUUAUGCCACGUAAUUUAUGUCAAUUAAUUUAUGCCAUGUAAUUUAUGCUUGGGAUUGUAUUUUAUGCAUAAUUGUGGACAAAAUGGUGUGAAUGACAUUGUCAAGUUUUAGAAUGUUUUACUUUGAGGUGUACGAUUUUAGUUCUCUGUUUCAGUAACUAGCUAAUUAUUCUUUAACGGGCUAGUUUUAGAAUUUUUUACAAUUUCCUUGUAAUAAUUUAUUGAACAUGUUACUUCACGCACAAUGUGACGUCACUACCACGCCCUACCGCGCCCAAUCUCGAGUCACCUGUGAACACUGUUAAAUGCUCUUGUUUGAGCUCUAAUUAUCACCUAGAAACUUCCCAUAACUCUUCCUGCCAUUGUUAAUUUCUUUCUUCUUUGCAAAUAAACCUCUUGUAAACAGAGUCCCAAAAUAAUACCGAGCUUACGAGUGCAACGGGUUUCAGUGUUUAGGAGGCAGUAAGAUUUUUGUUUCUUAUGAUCGAAAUAAAUGACAAUUUGAAGACAGCAAUGUCCGCCCUUCACAAUAUCUUGUCUGCCCCAAUGUUACCUUGGAAGCCCCCAGCAUUAUCCUCUUUCUUCCAAAUGAUAUAGUGCUUUUCCCUGACCCACCCCCCCCCCGAUAAACCCCCUAAGUGUUGCCCCGCUUAUCACUACUAGCUGCAAAGGCCAGCACCAACCGCCCCCCCCCCCUAAAAUGUUCCCAUAUAACUCCUCUCAAGAACACUUCUACGUAUCGUUUACUUAGAAUUCAAUUGUCAAUCAAUUGCUAGAUAGAAGUCAUUAGUUUCGAGAGUUUUUUGAUGCAAUUUUCGAUUUGUUAUUUCCGGCAUCCAUACUUUAUCACAACAUGUAUUUUAGAUUCAUUUUAAUCCUUGUUUUAAGUUUGGUUUCAAUUCUAUGAAGAUUUCAUUGUUUUGUUUGAAUGGAUGUUAAAGCUAA